AUCAGAUGUAGUUAGUAUUUCCAGUCAACUGCCAUUGAUGUUGAAAUUACUUUAAAGACUUGUUGAUUAUGUGGUAUUAGGGCCAUUGUGACCUCGCUGUAGCUAAGAUCAGUCCACUGCAGCAGGAGUUUCAAGAACAGCAGCACAAAAAUAAUGACUUAACUGGAUAGAAAAAAAGGCACAUAUUUUCAGGAAGGCCUCUUUAUUCUUAGAAGUUACCCUUCAAGAUGACAAGUGGUGCAAACUCUUCAGGAUGUUACCUGCCCUCAAAAAUAAGAAGUUCUAAAAUAGAUGACAACUACUUGAAGGAAUUGAAUGAGGACUUAAAGCUAAGGAAGCAGGAACUGCUAGAGAUGCUCAAACCUCUAGAAGAUAAAAACAACCUCUUAUUUCAAAAGUUAAUGUCUAACUUGGAGGAAAAACAAAGGAGUCUUCAGAUCAUGAGACAGAUCAUGGCAGGGAAGGGGUGUGAGGAAUCCUCGGUCAUGGAGCUCCUUAAGGAAGCAGAGAAGAUGAAACAGAACUUGGAAAGGAAAAACAAGAUGCUUCGGAAGGAAAUGGAGAUGCUAUGGAACAAGACAUUCGAGGCAGAAGAACUUAGUGAUCAACAAAAAGCACCACAGACAAAAAACAAGGCAGACUUGCAGGAUGGAAAGGCUCCCAAAUCCCCCUCAUCACCUAGGAAGACUGAGAGUGAACCGGAGAAAUCAUUUGCAGAGAAAGUGAAGGAGAUAAGGAAGGAAAAGCAACAGAGGAAAAUGGAAUGGGUCAAGUAUCAGGAACAAAACAACAUCCUUCAGAAUGAUUUUCAUGGCAAAGUGAUUGAGCUGAGAAUUGAAGCCUUGAAGAACUACCAGAAGGCCAAUGAUCUGAAAUUAUCACUGUAUUUGCUUCAGAAUUUUGAGCCAAUGCAAGCAUUUUUAAAUCUUCCUGGGUCCCAAGGUACUAUGGGCAUUACAACUAUGGACAGAGUGACUACUGGCAGAAAUGAACACCAUGUGAGAAUUCUGGGAGCAAAGAUCUACACAGAACAACAAGGAACUAAAGGAAGUCAGCUUGAUGAUACAGGAGGGAGGCUCUUUUUUCUGAGGUCAUUGCCAGAUGAAGCACUGAAGAAUUAGCAGGCUUUCGCUCCAUUUGCUUUGGACAGAUUUAAAGACUAGGCACAGCCAUUUGUGUUAAUUAAAAUCUCUCACACCUUU